AACCCUGUUUCCAGGUUAUGAUCAAACAUGUUAGCUACUUUAGUCUGUUUCCACUCCCAUAACAUUGUUUUUCUUCUUCUUUUCACCCUUUCCCCUUCAAUAGUUCACUCACUACACUUUAAUAUAGAUAGCUUCAAUGAAAAGGACAAUAUGGUAUCAUAUGAAGGUGAUGCCAUACCUUUUGAAGGGUCCAUAGAGCUGAACAUAAAUGACAUCAAUCGAGUUGGACACGCAGUCUAUAACGAACCUUUGCACCUUUGGGACUCAUCAACCAAGGCUCUCACCGACUUCUCAACCGCUUUCUCAUUCACCAUUUCUCAGCCAACUAACAAAACCGCCGACGGCUUUGCCUUCUACAUGGCACCUCUUGGCUACCAAAUUCCACCCAACUCAUAUGGUGGCGCUCUUGGACUCUUCAACUCAACAACACAAUAUGGUGUAGUACAAAAUCAUGUUUUUAUGGUGGAAUUUGACACAUUUAUAAAUCCUGAGUAUGAUCCCGGUGAACGUCAUGUUGGGAUCAACAGCAACUCUCUCAAAUCCUUAACCUAUGCUUGGUAUGAUUUUGAAGACAACAUUGGCAAGAAAACUCAUGCUUUGAUUACUUAUAAUUCUUCCACCAAGAUCCUUAAUGUGUCUUGGUUUUUCAAUGCUACUAGCACCAACACAUUGUCCUAUGAGAUUGACCUUAGGGGAAUCUUACCAGAGUAUGUGACGGUUGGAUUUUCAGCUGCAACUGGCCCUUUAGAGUUUGAGCGAAAUGUUAUUCAUUCUUGGAAUUUCAUGUCAACUUUGGAGUCCAUGGAUUCUGAGGUAAACAAAAAGAAGAAGAAGAAGAAGCAAAAAAUGGUUAUAGUUGCAGUAGCUGCUUCAAUUUUUUUAGUGCUGGUGAUAGGUAGUGUCUAUUGGUUGACCAUAAUCAUCAAGAAGAGAAGAACCAAGCAAGUUCGAGAUGAUGAUCUUGGAGGCACAUUGGUGACUUCAGAUCUUGGCAAAGCAUCUAUACCUAGAAGAUUUGAUUACAGAGAAUUAGCUGCAGCCACUGAUGGUUUCUCAAAAGAUAAAAGGCUUGGAAGAGGAGGCUCUGGUGAAGUUUACAAAGGAUUCCUAAAAGAUUUAGGACGUUUUGUCGCUGUGAAAAAGAUUUUCGCUGACUUUCAAAACUCUGAGAAAAUAUUCAUCAAUGAGGUGAAGAUUAUAAGUCGCCUUAUACAUAGAAAUCUGGUACAAUUCAUAGGGUGGUGUCAUGAGCAACAAGAGUUCUUAUUAGUUUUCGAGUACAUGCCUAAUGGAAGCCUCGAUACGCACCUCUUUGGCAGUAGAAGAACUUUGGCUUGGGAUGUAAGGUACAAGAUGGCACUAGGCAUUGCCACAGCACUUCAUUACCUUCAUGAGGAUGCAGAACAAUGUGUACUGCAUAGAGAUAUUAAGUCAGCUAAUGUUUUGUUGGACACAGAUUUCAGCACUAAGCUUGGCGACUUUGGGAUGGCGAAGUUAGUAGACCCGACAUUGAAGACUCAAAGGACAGGAGUUGUAGGGACAUAUGGGUACUUGGCACCAGAAUAUCUCAAUGGAGGAAGGGCUAGCAAAGAAUCAGAUAUAUAUAGUUUUGGGAUUGUAGCUUUGGAAAUUGCAUGUGGAAGGAAGACUUACCAAGAUGGAGAAUAUCAUAUUCCUCUAGUAAAGUGGGUAUGGCAACUCUAUGUGGAAGGGAAUAUUCUGAAUGUUGCUGAUGAAGGAUUGAACAAGAAUUUUGAUGAACUUCAAAUGACAUGCUUGCUUAUAGUGGGACUAUGGUGUACCAACCCAAAUGACAAGGAAAGGCCAAAAGCAGCACAAGUGAUCAAGGUUCUUCAGCUUGAAUCACCACUACCUGCACUUCCACAUGAUAUGCAUGAUCAUCGCCUUCGACCAACCAUGGAGAAUUUUAGAAAUUCUUCUCAAUCAUCACCCAUCACAAAUAGCCUUGUCAAUGAUGGACGUUAGUUUCAUGUAAAAGAAAUUGAAUUAAUCAAUUUGGUGCAGCUAGUUUUCAAGUGGCUAUACAAUAUUGUCUAUUUUUCUAAGACGAGAUAAGAUAUUUCACUUGAAAAUGAAAUUGCUUUUGCUAAUGUGGUUAUAAAUCCGUGGCACAAGUUAUAUGAUAAAAAAAUAUUUAAAAAUAAUUAAAAACUCCAAUAACAGAGACGUUUUAACCUUUUGUCAAUUUCAUACCACAAUCUCUCCACAAUUUCAAGCAUCAAUAGCUUGGUAUUUUCAUGUAUCCUAAUGUGAGAAUCUAACUAACUAAGAGAAGGUAAGAGUGCUCGGUCUAUUUACCUUCAACACUGCUUACUAGAGACACUAAUUCAACAUUCUUGGAUUCUAGAGAGUGAUCAAUAGCUACCUUGGAGUCUAAGCUUUCCCUUGGAUGAAUCAGACCAUUCGGAUCAGCUCUAGGCAGCAAAAACAGCAAGCAAAGCAGACUGAGUCUCAGAAUAUUCCGAAUCAAAAUAGCUAACCAAAGGUUAUCGAACCUUUAAACACUGAAACUUUAAUCUUUUCUCUAUUACAUACUCCAUAUUCUGUUGACCUGUGUUAAUCUAAAGGAGAAAAAAAGGACACAUCAAUGAUUAAUAAUAUAUUUGGGAUUUAUCAUUGACUAUCUUAAAGUCUUCCCCAUGAAAGCAUUUUUGUCUCAACCUUGUUGGCAUCUAGUUUUGGCUUAUUAGCAUAUUAAUCUUCCACUUGGAUGCUUUGUAUCUGCUUUUCUAUUUU